UAUGUUUUUAUAUCUCUACUACGACUUACAUGUUGCAAACGGAUCUCUCAAGCGAAAUCUUCUAGAAUAAAACGGAGAAAGAGAGAAAAAGGUGGGAGUUGAGUGAACAGCGAAGAGACUGCAAAAAAUUGUGAAUUCGGCGGCAACAGAAUUUACUUGCCUUCUCUUCUCUUCAAAGUUCAAUCCUUUUCUUCCUGAAAGGGAUCUUUUUUCAAGAGAUAUGGCAUCUUCAGAGCAGGCUCCUCAAUCUGCCCAGGAAGUCAUGCUGGAGUUCCGUGCUGGUAAAAUGUCUUUUGAGGGGAAACGAGUCACCCCAGACACCCGUAAAGGCCUAGUAAGGAUAGCACGGGGCGAGGAGGGCUUGGUCCAUUUUCAGUGGCUUGAUCGAGUACAAAAUGUGAUUGAAGAUGACCAAAUUGUUUUUCCAGAUGAGGCAAUUUUUGAGAAGGUUGAGCAAGCAUCUGGGAGGGUCUACAUAUUAAAGUUCAAUACAGAUGAUAGAAAGUUUUUUUUCUGGAUGCAAGAGCCAAAAGCACAGGAUGAUCAACAGUUAUGUCGCUCAGUAAACUAUCACCUAAAUCAGCCGUUAGAAUUUGUUGCCGAAGAGGAUUCUGGAGCAACUCUCUCUGUUCAGGCCGAGGAUAAUCUUGAAGACGAUAUUUCAUCUAGAGCUGGUAAUUUGAUUGGGUCUAGCAUGGGAGCUGAAGUUGCUAGUGAUGUGACCUCUGCACCCGGACCAGUAAAAUUGGCAGAUUUGCAAAGGAUAUUAAGUAAUCUUCACUCUGCAGGUCCUGCAAGUAACUUGGAAGAUCCUGAUGGAGGUUUUGGUUUAGGGGAUCUUUUGAAGCCUGACUUGGUACUACCUUUACUUGAAGCUUUGCCGAUCGAGGAACGCCUGGCUCCAUAUUUGCCCGAGGGUCAACAAUCACUUCAUGACUUGAUAGACGUACUACAAUGCCCUCCUUUCCGUCAACAAGUAGACGCUUUCACUUAUGUUCUGAAAACCGGCCAAAUAGAUUUGGCGCAGUUCGGUAUUGACCCUACGAAAUAUAAGUUUACGGUUCUUUCUUUCUUGGAAGCACUCGAAGACUCCGUUGCCAAAAACAUAGAACCCGAUGCAUUGGGGCAAGGAGCUAAUGAUCCCAUGGAUGAAAGCCGAUAAUGGAGAGUAUAUUAGGAUUUACUACAAUGAGUUCGUGGUGUCAAUGGCGGGUUAGAUUUCUUUAACUUCGCAACGUGAUUUAUUCUAGGGAGACGAGGUGGUUUGGAUGUAUACAAUCUCAAAAUAUUUGUAGCAGAAUAUUCGUUUUUGAUUCAACAGAGAACCUAUUACAUGUUGAACAUGUCGUUUUUGGGAAUGUGGAUGGUCGAUUUUAUGUA